GGAUUCGAAAUAUAAUUCGAUAAGUGAAAAAUAAUUCUAAUUCUAGUCGAAUUAAACUUGAUAGACUUGCUUAUAUAAACAGAACCGUAGAGAGGGAGAGGGACAAAGAAGAAGAGAGAGAGGGAAAGAAUAAACUAGGGAUGGGCGUUGAGAGCUUUGCGGUUAGGGUUUCUCCAGAACGAGCACAGCCAGGUAGUAAAAAACACAAAACGGUGUCGUUACCAGAGGAAUUAAUCCAAGAGGAGAUAUUGCCACGGCUCCCAAUCACAUCACUGGUACGUUUCAAACUUGUAUGUAAAUCAUGGCGAUGUUUAUUUUCCGACCCGCGAUUCGUAAAACAACACAACAAUUAUCAAAAUCCCGACGAUAAUGACUGCCUCGUUGUUCAUAAAUCAAACCACAUUGCUAUUCUCUCUCGUUACGGCGAGAAAUUUGUCCUACGUAGCUAUGGUUAUCGUUUGAUUGGUUCUGCUAAUGGCUUAGUUUGCAUACGCAGUGGCGAGGUAUUGUCAAUUUGGAACCCUGCCACUCGUCAAUCUAUGGAAUUUCAUCUUCCGCCGCUAGGUUAUGGUUGUUUGAAACGCGUAGGAUUUGGUUUUGAUCAUGUAAGUAAUGAUUACAAGGUUGCAAUUUGUUAUAACUCUCUUGAGUUUUUGCGUGUUUUUUAUGCUGUUUACUCGUGUCGUUCGGGUACAUGGACUUAUCAUGAGUUUGAUCAUCAUGAUUACGAGAUUAUUAUUUCUAAAUUUGAGGAUUCUUUCACUCCAACUACUAUGGUUAAGGAUUCUCCGUACUGGACGUGUUCUACUAUAGUUUCAUCCCGUAAGGACAAGAUUAAUCUAUCGUUGGUUGCACUUAAAUUUGAUGCUACAAGCAAUGAGUUCAAGUUGUUGCCUGACUUCUCUUCCGAUUUUAGUUGUGAAAAGACAUUUAAAGUCCUCAAUAUGAAGGGCCUUCUUAGUUUCAUGGCCUAUGAAUUAUGUCCAGUUCGUAAGCUCGAGGUAUAUUCUUUGGACGAGGAGAAUGGAUGUGGUGGUGGUGUCUGGAGUAAGAUGUACUGUUUCGGGCCAUUUGAAGAAUUUAGGCGUUUUAGGCUCCUGCAACAGGGUUUCAAGAAUGGCGAUGAGAUUGUAAUUUAUGAUAACGCUGAGAUUUACCGCUACAAUCACAAGAUGGGAACGUUUGAGUGCAUUCCGAGCACUGCACCACGUUUCAUCCUCGACUGCUUUACACAUACACCUAGUUUGGUUUCCCUUCAAGGAAUGACCUCUAUUUAUUCAAAAAACCAGACUCCUCCAGUUGGUCAGCACUCCACAACUCCUUUGCGAUUAAUAGAUUCGCUAAGAGAUCAUUUGCCAUUUUAAAAGACAGCUCAACUGUUCACUUGAAACUCCGGUUUUCAUGUUGUAGAGCAUAAGGCCAUUCUAAAUUAUGUGGUAUCUGUGCUUUACAAUACCUUUUUUUCUAUUCCUACUCAGGUUUUGUAAUCUCUCAUAUUUUUGGAACGGGGAAGUUUUCAUAGUUAUGCUAGUUUCUUCCGCGUUUGUUUCCAAUUUGGGUUAUCCUUUUACUAUAUUCUCUGAAUGUUGAUUUUUAAG